GCAGUGUUCAGGCCAUCAUUGGUUCAGUUUUUACAGUACAAGGAAAGAGCCUAAUGGGAGCAUAUUUGAGUCAUGGCGAAGGUAUUUCAAGUUACUUGAAACCUCAUGAGGUGGCACCGUGGCGCAUUUGAAAUACUGAACCGAAGACCGGAGCACCGAGGGCAUGAAACUGACGUAAGUUUUGAUAUUUUAGAUACAGUAGCCUAUGCAACAUGUAGCAACUUGUCGCGUUAGUCCAAGUGACUAUGCAAUAUUUCUAUAUUCUCAGGGUAGGCAACGAAGCUAAUGUAUCGAUGAUUUGACACAAAUGAAUGGCUGGACGAAGAGUAGACGAAAGCAGAAAGAUAGCUGACAGACCGUUUUUAAACUACAGUGUUGUCUGAAUUAGGGCUUUCCUUCAGGACAUUCAUGAGCCUAUCGACUCGUAGCCUAAUGUGGACCGAUUUAUGAACGAUGACCACGGACAAUGCGACUGUAUUACAAGACUUCAAUGUAAAAGUCACAUGGUGUUCCCACAAUAAAGGUUCCACAUUACAUUCUAGAACGCUGCCGAUACUGUAGAUUGUAACACACAUAUAGAUCCCAUUAAAUUACUAGAGCGGCUUUGUCAUAAACCUUCAACGUUCCAGAAUGGUUAAAAAAUGGCAGCCAUUGUGGUGAGGGAGAAAUCCAAACCAGUCUAGUUGGAAUGAAUGACAGUAGAGUAAUGGGUGAUUCAUUUCCUUAUUUUACUUAUGUAGGAAAAUAAAAAUAAGGCAGAUAUAUCAGAAAUUGUGUAAUAUAAUUAUUGUCAACCUAAAAUAUUGUCAUGUAAUUAUAAAUAAAAUAUAUUUAAAAAAGAAAUCUGUAUAAAUAGCCUCUAAAAUACAUUUAAACAGACCAUAAAUGUCUCAAUUUUUGUUUUCUUGGAAAGCUGUGAGUGUUAUUUAUAUGAUACAAUAUCACUACUUGUUUCAUUUACAACUUGUCAACAAACAAAAAAAGCCCUAUCAUCAGCUAAUUCCAGCCAGUGUAUGGCUGUGGAUUGACUGCAUUGUUUGAAUAGAAUGUUGGAAUAUUGGCAGUUAUUUUGAAAAUUAAUGGAAUCAUUCCUCUAAAACUGGCUGGCUAGCUAGCUAACAAACAUGCAGUGCAGAUAAUCUUCAAAUUCAUUGUUUUACACAAUAUCUUAUCACAGCACUGGCUGACCAUGGUUGACCAACUCCCUUACCAAAAUGGCUGACCUUUUAUACCACCAUAAGAAGGUUUAUGUUCAUUCUAGUAUUCUAAUUCCUAAUUCUAUGGUAACACAUUUGAUAUUACAUAUGAAUUUAUGGUAAUUAUUAAACAAAUUAUUAUUUUAUGAGAGUCUAGGCUAUUUAACUUUGAAUUAUAUUUUAGACAGCUAGACUCCUUUGAUGAUUCAGAGGACAGUAAUUUGGACUUGUCUAGCAGAACAGGAAUGUACAAGUUGUUGUUUCUGGUUGGUAAAGGGGCUGGGACAAACUCAAUAUUUACGCUGUUCACAAAAUAUGUUUCAUUAUUUUAAUGGGCAUGUUUAGUUUUUACAGUGCCUUCAGAAAGUAUUUUUUCUUUUACUUUUUCCACAUUUUGUUGUGUUACGGACAGAACUUCAAAUGGAUUAAAAUGAGAUUUUUUUUGUAACUGGCCUACACACAAUACCCCAUAAUGUCAAAGUGGAAUAAUGUUUUUUCGAAAUGUUUACAAAAUAAUAAAAAAUGAAAAGCUUGAAUGUCUUGAGUCAUUAAGUAUUCAACCCUUUUGUUAUGGCAAGUCUAAAUAUGUUGCUUAACAAGUCACAUAAUAAGUUGCAUGGAUUCACUCUGUGUGCAAUAAUAGUGUUUAACAUGAUUUUUUUAUGACUACCUAAUCUCUGUACCCUACACAUACAAUUAUCUGUAAGGUCCCUCAGUCGAGCAGUGAAUUUCCAAAACAGAUUCAACCACAAUGACCAGGGAGGUUUUCCAAUGCCAUGCAAAGAAGGGCACCUAUUGGUAGAUGGGGGGGAAAAAAGAAGCAGACAUUGAAUAUCCCUUUGAGCAUGGUGAAGUUAUUAAUUACACUUUGGAUGGUGUAUCAAUACACCUAGUAACUACAAAAAUACAGGCGUCCUUCCUAACUCAGUUAUCGGAGAGGAAGGAAACCGCUACGGAAUUUCACCAUGAGGUCAAUGGUGACUUUAAAACAGUUACAGAGUUUAAUGGCUUUGAUAGGAGAAAACUGAGGAUUGAUCAACAUCAUUGUAGUUACUCCACAAUAAUAACCUAAUUGACAGAGUGAAAAGAAGGAAACCUGUACAGAAUACAAAUAUUCCAAAACAUGCAUCAUGUUUGCGACAAGGCACUAUAGUAAUACUGCAACAAAUGUGGCAAAGCAAUGAACUUUUUGUCCUGAAUACAAAGUGUUAUGAUUGGGGCAAAUCCAAAACAACACAUUACUGAGUACCACUCUCCAUAUUUUCAAGCAUAGUGGUGGCUGCAUCAUGUUAUGGGUAUGCUUGUAAUCGUUAAAGACUGGGGAGUUUUUCAGAAUAAAAAAUAAAUGGAAUGGAGCUAAGCACAGGCAAAAUCUUAGAGCAAAACCUGGUUCAGUCUGCUUCCACCAGACACUGGGAGAUUAAUUCACCUUUCAGCAGGAAAAUAACCUAAAACACAAGGCCAAAUCUACGCUGGAGUUGCUUAUCAAGAAGACAGUGAAUGUUCCUGAGUGGCUGAGUUACAGUUUUGACUUAAAUCUACUUGAAAAUCUAUGGCAAGACCUGAAAAUGGUUGUCUAGCAAUGAUCAACAACCAAUUUGACAGAGCUUGAAGAAUAUUGAAAAUAAUAAUGGGCAAAUGUUGCACAAUCUAGGUGUGGAAAGCUCUUACAGACUUACUCAGAAAGACUCACAGCUGUAAUCGCUGGCAAAGGUGCUUCUAAAAAGUAUUGACUCAGGGGUGUUAAUACUUAUAUACUUCUGUAUAUCAUUUUCAAUAAAUGUGCAAAAAUGUCUAAAAACAUGUGUUCACGUCAUCAUUAUGGGGUAUUGUGUGUAGAUGGGUGAGGAAAAAAAAUCUAUAAUAAUCCAAUUUUUAUUCAGGCUGUAGCACAACAAAAUAUGGAUUAAGUCAAGGGGUAUGAAUACUUUCUGAAGGCACUGUAUGCUGCUCAUUGUAACAGUAGUGCUAUGUGAAAGGCUAAUGUAAUGUACUGAUGAUUAACUCAUUCUUGAAAUCACAUUCAUGAAUAGAAAGAAGGUCUACAUCGUUUUUUACAGUCAAUAGGCCUAAAGUCAAUUUAAAUGUAGAAUAGCUAGCUUCUCGUACAACAGAACUUAAUCUAAUGUUGGUUUAAACUAGGGAUUUAGUGAACUGUUUAUUACAUUUGAUAAGGUUUUUUGGGUGAUGACUACCAUUGUAAGUCAUUCUUUUUUAGGGGAAUCUUGACAGUCAGGUAUAUCUGGACAGUAUGGGGUCUAUAGCAUUGUCAUGCUAAUAUCUUUGCAGCCCAUUCAAUCUUCUCUCUUGUAAUCAUCAGAAUCCUGUUGAUUUUGGAACAGAUCUCAGAGCAGCUCCCGUUGCAAGGGUGUCCUCCACAGGAAUAAUCCUAAUCUUAUUAAUUUUUUUUACAGAUCUUAAAACAGCCAAUCCUACAGUGAUCUCCAAGUGGCCAGGUCCACCCACAGUAGAGGGGAGAGUCUGUUAGAGGAAAAGAGACGCAGAGAGAUGAGCGUAUUGAAAGAGGGAAGAAUGGACCUGGGUACCGUUCACCGUGAGAGGGUCACACUGGUUGUGGACGGUAGCCAUUUUGUGGUGGACCCCGCCACCUUCACUGCACACCCCAACACCAUGCUAGGGAGGUACAGUGGGAAAUUAACUUAAAUAAUUAUAUUUUAUUUCACUUACUUAUGAAUGUAGAGUACAUACGGAUAUGAAAAUGUUACUUAGAGAAAACAUAGUUGGUUAAGGUUUGGGUUACAUUUGUUCAAGUUGUCAUUGCAGAAUGUUUGGCCCAGCGCGACAGCACAAUUUCACCAGGCCCAAUGGGAAGGGCGAGUAUGAACUGACAGAGGGCAUCAGUGCCAGCAUCUUUCAGGUCAUACUGGUGAGUUGGCACACCAGUAACCAGCACUGCUUAUAACCAGACACUCACACAGUGCAGAAAAUAUACACUGAGUAUACCAAACAUUAGGAACACCGUCCUAAUAUUGAGUUGCACCCCACCUUUUGCAGGAAACUGUUGAGUGUGAAAAACCCAGCAGCAUUGCAGUACUUGACACAAACCUGUGCGCCUGGCACCUACUACCAUACCCCGUUCAAAGGCACUUAAAUAUUUUGUCUUGCCCAUUCACCCACUGAAUGGCACACAUACACAAUCCAUGUCUCAAUUUUCUCAAGGCUUAAAAAUCCUUAUUUUUAACCUGUCUCCUCCCCUUCAUCUACACUGAUUGAAGUGACAUCAAUAAGGGAUCAUAGCUUUCACCUGGAUUCAACCUGGUCAGUCUAUGUCAUGGAAAGAACAAGUGUUCUUAUUGUUUAUAUAUAUACUCAGUGUAUACUUUAUAGCCUCGACCCAACAACUUCUGAAAAUCUUAUAAUGUUGCAAAUAAAAGCUCUCCUCCAGUACUUGUGAUGGGGCUGGCAUUGUUAAAGCCAGUCUAUCAUCUCAGUGAAAUGACUGGUAUUGCCACAGCUGUAGAGGUACCAAAAACGAUCUGUUCAUUCAUUCCAAUGUGUAUUUCUCUGCCAGAACUUUUAUCAGACGGGUGUUAUGAGGUGUCCCGAUGGCGUAUCAGUGUCGGAGCUGAGAGAGGCUUGUGAUUACCUCUGUAUCAACUUCAAUGCCAGCACGGUCAAGUGUCGCGACCUCAGUGAGUAUUACCACCCAUUAUUACCACCCUUAACUCUAACCUGUCACUCCAUGUGUAAACUGACCAGUUUAGGGGAUUGACCAAGGUAGGGGUAGGGGCGGGCACAAUAUAUGGAAUAUGCAGAACAGCAGCCAUUACAAAUAUAUCUUUACCGGUAUUAGCAACUCUUAUGACAACACAACACAUCACAAGGAUACCCUCAUCUAUGAAUCUUAACAAUAACAAGUUGAGGUACUAAAUGUUUUUGGAGUGAAUAUUUUGUUUGAGAAUGAUUGCAAAAUGGGAGCAUAUUUUUAAAAUGACCUCAUAGCAUUCAAACCUCCUUGCAGUCUCAACAUAGACAUAUCCUUCACUUGAUUAUCAUGAUAGUCACUUGACCAACUUCACUGUCUCAUUAUGUUCCCAGGUGCCCUGCUUCACGAGCUGUCCAACGAUGGGGCAAGGAGGAAGUUUGAGGGCUUCCUGGAGGAGCUGGUGGUGCCCGCCAUGGUGUCAUGUGCCCAGGGAGGGGAGAGGGAGUGCCACAUCGUGGUUCUGGCCGACGAUGACAUUGUGGACUGGGAUGAGGAACACCCUCCACCCAUGGGAGAGGAGUAUUCCCAAAGUAAGGCCACCAGUCAAAACACACACACAUCACCAAUCCUAAAGUACUCUGAAAAAUUACCAACUUCCAAUACCAAUGUCAAUUCAAAAUUGGUCACAUGUAAAGGUUACGCAACUGGAGACACCUCAUCAUUUUUGGAAGCAUGUUUUUGACGCAGCAGCAUUACGGUUUCUAUCAAGAGUAUAUGUAGGAGUGGUUGCUUAUUAACUGUUAAUAACUUUAGCUAGCUAGCUAACCAUCUUGGCUAACUGUGCGCCGGAACAAUUUCAAUGUUGAGUGAAUGAAUAUGUUUCUCUCGCCUCUGUCCAGUUUUGUACAGCUCCAAACUCUACCGCUUCUUCAAGUACAUCGAGAACAGAGAUGUUGCCAAAACCCUGCUGAAGGAGAGAGGUUUGAAGAACAUCCGGAUAGGCAUUGAGGGUGAGUUGGUCUUGUCUCCACUCAACUUCCCCAGGCCAGGGGAUUAAUUUAUGCUUUAUUCAAGGUGGAGGAUUCUCUGUGCUGUCCUGAAAAGAUUUUCUUGAAUAGCAUCCAUGACCACGCUCCACAGUAAUUGUAGUUUUAUGUUAAUAUGUGUUGGUCUUACAAACUUGAAAGUCUGUUCUACCCAAGUUACCCCCUGUAAAAUGUGUAUUGAUAUACAUUACAAAUGGAUUUCCACUGAUCUGUUUCUGUGUCCCAGGGUACCCAACCUAUAAGGAGAAAGUGAAGCGGCGCCCGGGAGGAAGGUCAGAGGUCAUCUACAAUUACGUGCAGCGGCCCUUCAUUCAGCUGUCCUGGGAGAAGGAGGAAGGGAAGAGCCGCCACGUGGACUUCCAGUGCGUCCGCAGCAAGAGCGUGCCCAACCUGGCGGUGCCAGGGGAGGGGGGCGGAGGUGGGGCGGCCUGGGGAGGCACCAUGCCCACCCCGCAGGUGGAUGAGCUGGACAGGCUCAAUGGGCCAGACCCCUCUCAACUCCCCCAACUCUCCCAGACUGCAGCCAAUGAAAGCUGAGACUCUCAGACCACACCCCCACCGCAUUUCUGCUGCUACCCAUCUCAUCCCGAGGCUCUUGAUGGACUAUUUCCUUCAAACCAGAGGAAGUCGUUAUUUCCUUGCCAUAAUGGCAAGAGCACAGUGCUUGUCUUCAACAGGGUGCACAUUAAAAGUUAAGGUAUUGUUGGGCAUGUUGGAUAUAUUGCACCUCAGAUAACUGCAAGACUGUCCUCCCGUAAAGAGGGCUAUGUUACUGUUCUAACUGGGCACUUUUAUUGUUUGGAAUGCGAAAUCGUCAUUUUGGUGGAUAGCUUUGAAUGUCAUAUGACUAUUUCAGAGAGAGAGCUUUUAUACACAUACAUGUGCAAUAUAUGCACAUUUUAUGACGUUAUGUUGUGUCGUCUGUGAUGGUAUGCAUUUAAAAUACCUACUGUUUUUGUCACUGUUGUAGGCAUGCAAAUGAGAUGUAGGCCUAUGAAUGAAGCCAAUUUGUUUGACAUUCCAUUCCAAAUGACAUGUUCCCAUGGCAACAUGAUGAUGUUAUGAAUGAGUGCCACGUUCAACAUGUUGAUGCGUCUGCCAUGUUACACUUGUUACACUGUCUGUCACAGAGACAUCUCCCUGAGCCUGUAGAUCCUAUAGUCAGUCAUAGGCUAGAUGAAUGUGUGCCUUGAGUAAUUAAAGAGCAUUAUACAUAUUUUUCAU